AUGGAUGCACACCAGGCAAACCAAAUGGUUAGUACAUAUGAUUCCUAGCGCGCUUCUUGGCUUUCUUUUACUAAUUUCCACCCUUCCUUAGCUGCGCGCACAUGUCCAAAGAAUCCGACGCCUGCGGGCACAGUUACAAGAGGAAUGUCGAGUACUUCUGGACCGCUUGGAGGAUAUGCGACGGAGGGAGAUAGAGAGAGAGAUGAGGUUGGCAGCGGAGGAAGAGAGGAGACAAGAGGCUGUUGA